AUGGCAACAAAAUCAUCUAUCAAAUACCUAAGAUCUCACCGAAAGGUCAUAGAUGCUAAUUAUGCCCAAGCAAGUACAAUGAGAAUGACUGGUAUGAAAACAUGCCAAAUUAUGAAAUUUUUUGCAAUGCAAUGUGAAGGGUAUAGGAAUAUAGGGUUUGUUCUAAAGGACCUGUACAAUCGCGUUGAGUUAGAGGAGAAAAAGGAAACAACUAAUGAGGAUGCAGAAGGAGCUAUUGGUUACUUCAUAGGUCGAACAACAAUAGAACCAACGUUUUAUUUUGAGUAUGAGGUGGAUAUAGAAGGAAGGCUAGAGAACAUUUUCUGGAUGGAUUCAGUGGGUCAAAUGGAUUACAAAGCAUUUGGAGACGUGCUUGUUUUUGACUCAACAUAUAACACAAAUAAGUAUCACAAACCAUUGGUUGUUCUUGCCGGGGUGAAAAACGACUUUGGCACUAUUAUUUUUGGACCAGCAUUGCUAUCAGAAAAGACCACGGAAGCAUAUGAUUGGAUUUUAGGCACCCUCGUUAAGGCUAAUGGAGGUAAGAAACCAAUUUCAGUCAUCACAGACGGCGACAAGUCAAUGCGUCAAGCAAUUGAGCAUGUAUUGCCGAAUGCAAGACACGGCCUAUGCACCUUUCAUCUAAAAAGAAAUGCGGAGACUGGAACAAAUAAAUGUAGCAUGUUUACUUCAAUGUUUGCUAAAUUUAUGAAGAAAGCAAUACCUAUGGAGGAGUUCGAGGAAGGAUGGCAUGCAGUUGUCGCAAGUUGUGGACUAGAUGGGAAUGACUGGGUUAAGAAGAUGUAUGCAAAGAGAUCAUUAUGGGCCGAGACAUUGCUUAGAGAAUGUUUUUUUGUUGGAAUGAGAAGUACAUCGUGGUGUGAGCAAAUGAAUGCCUUCUUGAAGAGGUAUAUCAAACCUAAUAUGAGAAUGUACCAAUUUGUUAAAAUUCAUGCAUUGGCCUUAGACUUUUUGAGGGAGAAGGAGUCAAAAGCACAUCAUGAGAUAGAAGAUACAUUUCUAAUGCUUUCUACCGAAUUGCUUGCAUUGGAACAACAUGCAGCUGAAGCUUAUACCAGGAAUAUUUUUGUCAAUGUUAGAAAGCAUUUGGGAAGGCAAGGACUGUAUGAUUGCUUCAAGAGAGAAGAUACAGGAUCCGAAUGUUUAUUUUAUCUUGCCAAAUAUCGGGACUCGAGGACUUGGGUUGUGGAGAUGGACAAGGAAACUCGUCAAAUGAAGUGUUCAUGCAAGAAGUUUGAGUGGAAAGGAUUACCAUGUGCUCACAUGUUCCGGGUUAUGGUAGUGAAAAAUUUGCAAAAAUUUCCACAGGCUUGCAUAAUGAAAAGGUGGACCAUGAAUGCUAAAGAAGACAUAGAUGUUGGGGGAAGCCUUGGAACAUAG